UUCGCGGGAAAGGGACAUUCACUUCUGCUCACAUGGAAUAAGACGUAACGUUUGCAGCUCACAAAAGGAUUUCUUUUUUUUUUUUGUUGCAAAAGUAAAUUGAUCGUCUCGUCUGAACAUACUUACAAGAAUGCUUUUCCGCUCUAUAAUUGAGAGACAGACCACGAUCAGAAGGCGCAAUGACCUGUGGCCGAAGCACCCGCUGUCCGGCCUGAUCGGCGGAUUCCAGUGCGCCCGGCAAGACGAGCACAUCUCCUGCGGAAACCUGGGGGUCCAAGUGCCGCCGUUCGGCUGCGCCUUUUCAACAGCCCAGGAGCUGCGGAACGUGCUAGCCGUGGCCAAUGAGGAGGGGAUUGUGAGGCUGUACAACACAGAGUCCCGGAGAAGGCCCAUUCUGAAGGAGUGGGUUGCUCAUGACAACGCCAUCUUUGAUCUGUGCUGGGUGCCGGGGGAGGCCAAACUGGUCACCGCCUCCGGGGACAAGUCGGCCAUGUUGUGGGACGUGAAGUCGGGGGAGCUCCUGGGAACGUUUAAGGGUCACAUGUGCAGCCUGAAAUCUGCCACCUUCGCUCCGCACCAAACGGCUGUGCUCUGCACCGGGGGAAGAGACGGGAACAUCAUGGUCUGGGACACCAGGUGCACCAAGAGAGAGGGGUUUUUCAGGCCGGUGCAGCAGAUCAGCGGAGCCCACAAUAAGGUGGACAAACCCACGCCGUCCAAAGUCAGGAGGAAGAAGCUCCAGCCCGUGGCGGACUUUAGGAGUGUGACCGUGGUUCUGUUUCAGGAUGAACACACCCUGUUCUCCUCCGGAGCUGUUGACGGCAUGAUAAAGACGUGGGACCUGCGGAAGAACUACACUGUUCUGCACCAGGACCCUCUGGCCCUGCAGACCUUCCCCUACCCAGGGACCUGCACCCGCAAGCUGGGAUAUUCAGGAAUGGUUCUGGACUCGACCUGCUCCAACCUUUUUGCCAACUGCACCGACGACAACAUCUACAUGUUCAACGUGACGGGGCUGAAGACUGGGCCAGUGCGCGUGUUCAGCGGGUGUAAGAACUCCUCGUUCUACGUGAAGUCGUGUCUGAGUCCUGAUGACCAGUUCCUGGCCAGCGGCUCCAGCGAUCACCAUGCCUACAUCUGGAAGGUCUCUGAGCCCAGAUCUGCUCCCAUGAUGCUGCAGGGCCACACCCAGGAAGUGACAUCAGUGGCAUGGUGCCCCACAGACUUCACCAAGAUCGCCUCCUGCUCAGAUGACAACACCGUGCGGAUCUGGCGAUUGGACCGCGGGGCUGACGGGAUGAGGUCAUCGAUCGGACAGGCCAAUCUGGUGGGGUGGGCGUGCCCCAAGCCGGCCUCGGACACGGGCUGCCCCAGUUCCCGUGAGCUCACCCCAACGAAGAGCCCUCGUACGGCGAGCCUGGGAUCUCUCUCCUCCCCAUUGGCUGCUUCCUGCGCCCCCAGCAGGGCUGACCUACCGCUGUCCUCCAGCACCCUGUCGACCCCGCCCCCUGCCGUGGCUAAGCCCCGCCCCACUCCCGUCGGGACGCCGCCCACCAUCCGGACCUGGCUGGCCACGCCCCCUCAUCGCCCGGCCACGCCCCCGCUCAGGAAACCGCUCAGCCCCCGUGCCCCCGCCCUGACUCCGCCCACCCCGGGCGAGAGGCGCGCCAAACGCCGCCUGGAGACGGGAGGGGGCGGGGCUAAGGGGUGCGAGGGGGCGGGGCCCUGCGGCUGCGUGUCAGAGCUCUACCCCGCCCCCAAGAAGAGGCGGGGCCUGGCUAUGUGUGGCCCUGACUCCAAUGGGAGGGGCCCUGGAGCAGAGGAGGGCGUGGCUGAAGGUGCUCCGUCCAAUCAGUUGGACAAGGAGAACAGCUGCUCCGCGCGCACUGAUUGGCUGUCGGCCAUCGGCCAGCGCCUGAAGCGGGAGCGGGGGCCCCCUCCCUCCGCGGCCAGCAGGAGUCCCAGCGCCACCAAGAGGCCGGAGGCCAGAACUGCAGCCUCACCGACGAUGCGCUCCCCUCUGUCCGUGAAGAAGAUCUCCUCUUACUUCCAACGGACAACUCCGGAGUGACGGGAGGCCGAGGCGGCAGGUGAUUGGACGGAUGGGGCCCGUCUGACUCUGUGAUUGGACGGACGGGGCCCGUGUGACUCUGUGAUUGGACGGACGGGGCCCGUCUGACUCUGUGAUUGGACGGACGGGGCCCGUGUGACUCUGUGAUUGGGUCUGCAGUGACGUUGUUCUUCUGAGAGUCCGGUCAGCAGGAGUCUCCGCUCCCGGACAGGAAGACGGUCGGGGCGAAGUCGUGACACCGUUCAGGGCCGAGUCGGAUUGGAAGGAGGGAAGAAACCGUGAAUUUUUAGGCUGAAAUCUGCGGCCCAACCUGCCACCGCUCUCCUCCUCACAGUGUGCACGAUGGUCUGGGAGAGAGUUCAGGGUCUGUUUACAUUUCAGUUUAAGUGUUUGUACUGCUGACUGGUAUUUUUUUAUGUCUUGGAUAUAUAUUUUUUUUUAAACGUGCCGAUCCAUGUCGUUUUUGACUGUGGUGAUAUAUUUUUAAAUAAAAACAAAUACUAGUGAAAAUGGUCUUGGGGAGA